AUGAUACUAGGAGUUCAUUUUCAGCGUUCGAUUUUACCAGAAGGAGCUACCAUACGAUAUUCAGUCGAAAAUAAUGGCAUUGAUGCAAGUAAGAAGACGGUAUCAAGUACUUCACUUGAUUCCAGAGUAAAUAACCGCACUAUAGAACGUAUAGAUGCUGCCCGUGUAUUUGCGUCAAUACGAGAUAGCAGCCUGGAUUCGUCUCGCCCUUCAGAUAUUCUGAGCAGGAGGCCAACGAUGGAUGGGCUGGAAGGUAUACGUCUUCGCUCACGGCCUCGGAGAAGUUUGGACCAAGCGGCUUGUGCUCCUCCGCUUCCACCUAGGACACAUGCUUUCAAGUCCAGCGAUUCUCUGAGCGAUGACAGGACUAUUUUGAAUGGAACACGGCAUAAUAAGUCACCAAUACCCACUCCAAUAACGGAUUUGAGUGAUCUGCAACGGUUUUGA